AUGCAAAAUAAAUUAUUGGAUAAAGUUUAGGAGGAAAACGCUAGCAACAAAAUGAGCAAAUUGUUCAAAGGAGGCUAAAAUGAUUAUUAUGUUUCAAUGAAAGAGGAAGAUAGCCAUUAGAUUGAAAUGAACAAAAUUUAGAGAAAGAAAGUGUUUUUAUCAGGUAGUGAGGAUGAAGAAGAAAGAUUGCCAAUACCAAUAAUUAAAUAGGAGGAUAAUAAAUGUAAGAUGAUUGUUAUUCUAUUAGAAAUGUAAGUGUAUCAGCAACCAGAGAUGAGGAAGAGUGACAUUUUAGAUGAAGUGCCGUCAUAAGAAAAUAUGGAUGGGUUAAAUGGGAUGGGACAAUUUGAGCUCUCUCCCAUUAACAUCCAAGCUGGAAAAAAGAAAAACAAAACCAAGAAAAACAAAUCAAAAAAGAAAAAAGUGAAGCAUCGAGCAUUACCAUUCAGUUGGAAUACUUAUAAAUUCUUAUUACACUAUCCCUUAUAACAUUUAAAACUAACUAUAUUAGUGAAUGUAUUGAUAGUAUUAUCAGCUGUAGCACAAAUGUUAUUACCUUGGAUACUUGGUAGAUUGAUUGAUGCAAUCACUAAGAAUGUGUAAUAAACUCAAGGUUCAGACACAGAUCCAAUAAAUAAUAAAGAUAUUCCCAAUAAUCUUAUUGACGAGGAAUUACAUACAAAAUUAUCAAAACAAUUUUUAUAUGUAUUGGCAACUUAUACUGUUCUAUCCUUAGUACGAGCAUUUGCCAAUUAAAUAUGGUAAGAACAAAUAUACAAUGAUAUGAGGGAGGAUGUGUUAAAAUCCUUUUUAUCCUUUGAUUUAACCUUCUUUAACACAUAUAGGAAUGGUGAAAUUAUAUCUAGAAUGACAAAUGAUUUACAAUCUGCUAAAUCAGCUGUCAGUGGAAAUAUUAUUUUACUAAUAAGAAAUUGUUGUUUGACAAUUUUCAAUAUAAUAAUCUUAUUCGCAUUGUCUUGGAAAGUGACAUUGGCAAUUUUAGCACCUAUGCCCUUGUAUACUGUUCUCACAACAAUUCAUACAAGACUCGGAAAGAAGUUCGAAAAAUUAGGUUAAGAAUACCAAGCAAAACUGACAGCCUUGGCAGAUGAGAUAGUAUCAGGAGUAGUUACAGUAAAGAGUUUUUGCACAGAACAAUUUGAAAUCAAGAAAUUUCACAAAUAAUUAGAUUUAAAUAUUAAAUUGGCAUAAAAGAGAGGAGUAAAUAAUGGAUGCUACUAAGCAUCGAGUGCUUUAUUUACCUAAUUAGGUUCCUUAAUAGUUUUAUGGUAUGGAGGUAGAUUAGCAAUGAAUAAUUCAGCAGAACUAUCAGCAGGUGACUUAACUACUAUAAUCUUAUAUUCAAUACAAUUAUCUACAUCCAGUUCAAAUAUAAGCGAAUCCUUUGCUAAGAUUGUGAGUGCUACUGGAGCAUUUGAAGGAGUUCUUGAUAUGCUUAGAUGGGAGUCUCUUGUAAAAGAAGCACCUGAUGCUAUAGAUCACAUAACCCCAACAGGAGAGAUUUAAUUUAAAAAAGUCGUGUUUUCAUAUCCAAACUCUUAAGUUUAAGUGUUGAAAGGAAUCUCCCUCAAAAUAAACAAAGGAGAAUAUGUAGCAUUUGUAGGACCUAGUGGCAGUGGAAAGUCUACAAUUAUGCAUUUGUUAGAGAGAUUUUAUGAUCCAUAAUAAGGUUCCAUAUAUUUUGAUGAGAUUAACAUUAAAUAAUUCAAGCUCAAGGCUUUGAGAAAGGCCAUAGGAUUGGUCUCUUAAGAUCCAGUAUUAUUCGAAGGAACGAUAGAAUCAAACAUUAUUUAUGGAACUGAAACCUAUACAAAGGAUGACUUUGAAUGGGCUACUAAGGCUGCUGGAGUGUGGUAAUUCGUUUCUGAUAAAUUCAAAUUCCCUCAUGGAUUUGAUACUUUUGUUGGAGAACAUGGUUACACAUUAAGUGGAGGUCAGAAGUAAAGAAUAGUCAUUGCCAGGGCCUUAUUGAAGAGGCCAAAGAUAUUAAUCUUUGAUGAAGCAACAUCAGCUCUAGAUGCAGAAAGUGAAUUUCAAGUUCAAACUGCUAUCGAUGAGUUAAUUUAAAAAGGAAGCAAAAAUAUUACUGUUCUAGUGAUUGCUCAUAGGUUGAGUACGAUUGUCAAUUGCAACAGAAUUGUUGUAUUACAAAAUGGUGUAGUAGCAGAGCAAGGAACACAUUAAGAAUUGCUGAACAAUCCUGAUGGAAUUUAUAGACAGCUGGUAGAAAGACAACUAUCGGGAGUUAUUGAUUCAAAGGACAAUGAUGGAGAUUCGGAAGCUUAAUGA